GCCAGUGCCGAGGACGGAAUCGCCGCUUGAUCCGUCGUCUCUGCCUAGGGCAAUCUCGUACACUACCCAGUUCUUGGAUCACCAGACCUUGCACGUUUCUGGACCUGAUCUUUUCGCGGUCAAUGAGGCUUGGACACUGCUUUGCUCCUGCGGCGCAAACAUUUCAACUUCCUACAUGAGAAGACAGAACACCAGGAACGCCCCUCUUCACUAAAGCUGCGUAGCCUGGAGUCGUCCCAAGCCUUGCUGGUACAGCUCGUUCUGGUGUGGGGCAGUGACCCUGCUCGUCAUUCGUCAUAAUUCAUAGUGUACCCCUCCAGCGAAGAGCAGAACGGCAGAGAGGCUUCAACAAUCACAUUUGGUUUUAGUCCAAACACAGACAGCGCCCGUUACAAUGUCUCUCAAUCCGAAGUUCGCUGGCCAAAAGCUGGUCGCCGGCGUCUCGCCCAAAGCCAUCCAUACGCUUGAGGUGUACCUGGACUAUGUGUGCCCCUUCUCGCGGAUCAUGUUCACGCGUCUGUACCAGAACAUCCUGCCCAUCGUCCAGACGAAAUACGCCGGCCGUCUCCAGGUCAUAUUCCGACAGCAGAUCCAGCCGUGGCAUCCGUCGUCCACCCUGGUCCACGAAGCCGCCGCUGCCGUUCUGAAAGUCAACCCGGACAAGUUCUGGGAGUUUAGUGCGAAGCUCUUCGAAAAACAGACGGACUUUUUCGACCUCGCAGUCGUCAACGAGACGAGGAACGAUACCUACAAGAGACUCGCCAAGCUUGCAGGAUCCGUUGGCCUGGACGAAAACGCGAUCUACAAGUUGCUCGAGAUUGGCGACAAGCCAGCGGCGGACGGCUCUACAAACUUCGGAAACGCCGUCACAAACGACAUCAAGGUUAUGGUGAAGACCAAUAGGCUCGUGGGCGUUCACGUCACUCCAACCGUCAUCUUCAAUGGCGUUGUCGAGAAUAGCAUAUCCUCAGCCUUCUCUCAGGAGCAGUGGGAGGAGUGGCUGGAGAAAAACGUCGUGUGACUCCAGUAUAACCAAGGUGGAGGCGAGACCAAACGUAACCGCUUGUGAACCGAGAUUUUGUGUCGUGCUGCUGUUGCUCACAUUGAGAUGAGGCGCUGUUCGCAACUUGUUACCUGAUGUUGGCACACCCCAUGACGGCACGUAGAAGUGACUUGGAUCCUUGACGCUCCUUACUUUUAAAUAAAACAAAUCAGGUCGUGAGAGUUGUGCAAUACGACCACGCUGACCAUGUUUCGUAUGCUGUUUUCAUUCAAUCCCACCAAAAGCUAACACUACAACUGGGACUUAGGCUGCGGACGUAAUGCCACCAGCCUCUGGGUAUAAAAAGGCAUUCUCCCUGUCCAAGAAUGCCUUCGACGUAGUUUGCGUCCGCGAAUUUCGGGAACGUCCUAGCAAAAACCUCUUUUUCAAUAGCUUGAUCUGUCGGCGCUGCCUGUCUAUUUAGAUCGUUGCAUGCCGGCUCAAGGCUUCGACCUUCCAAGACCUUCAUUGCCAUGUCAACGUCGACCUCGCUGGUGUUGCUCAUGUCGACGUCCCCUUCCUUCGAUCGUGGGUACAGAUUUUCAGUCUGACACGGAGGGUACAAGCGCACGUAUUUACUACCAAAGACCUGAGCGAGAAUGUUGUGGUGCGGGUCUGUGUGCAGCGGCGAGAUGGUGUGGGCCGGGCCAAUCCAAACGUUGAGCAUGAUGUUUCUGUCAAGUGCGUCGUCGUCGCCGUCGGCCUCCUCUCUAGAUCCGUCGUCGCUCUUUUCUGCCCUCUGCGGCUCGGGCACCGUCGCAUAGCAGAAAUCCGGAAUGGCGAUGUCCGCUCGCAGCUCAGGAAUCUGCGCGAAGAGGUCAUGCUGUGCCAGGUACCCCGUCUUUCUCUCCAACAGCGACGUCUGCGGAUCUUGAAGCAUGUGACUGACGAGGAACUCCCCAAACGGCAUGAUCUUCUGGCCCCAAUCUUCGUCAGUGUAGCUCCUUCCAAGUUCCACGGGCACCAAACGUCUGCCGCCAAGUGUGCGGGCAAGCAAGUGUUGUGGAUUUGACCACUUCCUAUCCUCCUCGCUAAUAGCAGGCCAAGGAACCAGUGCACCAGUGAUGAUGAAUGGCACAGGCCCUUGCUUGUUAUUCCUGUCAUGAUCUUGAUUAAUGCGCAACUGAAAUGCCGGUAAAGAGGCGAUGCUCAGUCUUUCCAUGGGUUCUAGUAACUCCAGUUGUGAAAUGCGUGCUUGGGGAAAGGACACAGAAAUCGCAUGCUCAAUUUUUCGGCGCUUUCGGAAUCCACUCGCUUCUUCCUCCUCCGCAGGGCGAGCGGAGACCUGAGUUGGUUCGAUGUAUUCGUAUCGAUCUAUUUUAGGCUGUGAAACUUGUUGUAACCAGUGAAACAAAGACUGGAUGGCCUCAUAUCGUCUCGGAGCCCCGGUCAGGAUGAUGGCCAUAUCAAGUAAUUUCACCACGUCUGACAACCAAUCGUCACUUUCGAGGGCGAGAAUCUUCCACAGCGCUGCGUCCGUGUACAAUCUCCGCCAGCACUCCGGAACCUCUCGAUACGGAAACGCAUGCAGCUUCUCGUGAGCGAGGGAAAGCACGUCAUCUGCGCGAUGUUUUAUUAUCGACAGCGGAGCAGGACCACAUUCGAGAAUUGGAUCAUCUGGGUCAUACUUUUGCACAAGAAUCUCGGAAAUCUUUCUCUGCAACGUUGAUCUGCACUCAGUCCUGCAUACCAUGUUAAGAAUGCAAAAAUGACAAAUGAGCUGGAGUAGAGACUAACAACUCCAUCUGCUGUCAAGGUCUGUUAAGCUACGUUAGGGCCACAGCCGCGUCGACAUUCGACAUAGCGAAGCAAAGAUUUGAUUUAGCGAUGAUCAGUUUUGAAGGAAAUGCUGGAACAAGCACGGAGGAUUGGUCCCGUGUAUGUCUUAAUCUGUGAUUGGCUCAAAAUAUCGUGGCCACUUCAGUACUUCACAUCCGUCCCGACCCUGCACAGAUAAAUAGAAAGCACAUCUGACGGCUGUACUGGUGGUUAUCUCACUUUGAUUUUACCGUGUUA